AUGUAUUGCUCCGUUGAGCAAUUUGAGUUUUUAUUCGAAACUUUGGAAUUUCAACAAGACGAGAAAAACGGUUUAUUACUUGAUCCUUCCGUACGUAUUUAUUGUAAUGCAGACGUGGAUGCAAUAUGUGCUGCUGAAAUAUUCAAGAAGUUAUUUUAUCUAAAAAAUAAAAUAUGGAGCAUAAAGCCAAUUAGAAGCAAAGAGGACUUGGAAAUAAAAGAUAGACAACCGAGUCCUCUUGCGAAAUCGUUACGAGCGAUCAUUUUGCUGAAUUUUGGAGGAGACAUCGAUCUCAGCAGAUUUUUUGAUUUAUCAAGUCAUCCUGAUUUGAUUGUGUACGUGUUUGACAGUCAAAAUCCAAUUAAUUUGAGGAAUAUGUAUAAAGCGAGUUGGAAUAUUUUCAUAGUAUUAGACGACAAAAAUUCUCCGGAAAAUAAAGAUAUAAUAGAAAAGGCUCAACGUAAAGAAUGCGCGGAGCAGGGCGAUAAAUACGAAAUAAUAGGUGGUUAUAAAGUCAUAACGGAUGAUUUUGGCCGCCCCAUCCGAAAACACUGGACCAUAAUUGAUAAGCCUAUUCCUCUGGCAACCGGACCAGCUAGGCGAUGUAAUCACGGCCCAUCAAUUGCAUUACAGACAUAUGCUCUUGCUUCGAAAAUAUUAGCACAAGAUAAUGACAUGCUAUGGCUCGCGAUAAUAGGUCAUUCGAGUCUUUUCGUAUCCAAAAGAAUAAAUCUUGUAGAGUACAAUAAGAAGAUCGGAUUUUUGGACGCUCAAGUUCAGAAUCUGAAUGAAGGUGACAAUGUUCAACGUGCUCACAGGCAUAAAGCUGUACCCGCUCAUUCUGAUGAUAAGAGAAUUAUUCGCAUUAAUGAAUAUCCUUUAUAUACUACUCUUAUGCUCAAUUCAGAGUAUACUUUUAACAAGAUGCGUCUCAAAGAAAAUCAAGCAGCGAAUUUGGACCGACUAUUGCGAAACAUUGGGAUGGCCAAACAAAAUUUUCCGAAUAUGGAUGUUAAAGUCGCAAAUUCACUGGCCGAAAUGAUUAAGGAAGAAGGUCCAAAAUUUGGUCUUGAAUAUCCGUUAUAUUCAUCAUACUGUAAAUUCUACGGAUAUAAACAGCCAUCAUUAUCUGCAAGUGAUGCCGCUUAUGGGUUAAUUACGUUGUUAUCAACGAAAAAAUCCGCAUCAAUUGAAUUUGGGGUUGAAGUUCGUUGGGUAAGUGAUUUUGGAGACGAUGACUCAUGGUUGAACAAUUUUUAUACCGUGAUGGAAGCAUUAGACAGUCGUACCGGAACGAGUUUGUUGCAGUCAGGGAUUGAUCUAAGAAAAGUUCUUCAACCUUUAUUUAUACAAGGCGUUGCAAAUGAGUUUUAUAUAUUAUAG